AUGCGCUCUCAUUGGGGACUGAGGUUGCGGAUGACAAUUGUUCAUGAAAAUAUGAGUACAUCAACGCUUCAUUUUGAUCGAAAAAAUUAUUUUUUAAUACUUUUUGAAGAGCAACAACAAACAGCGUGUUUGUCAUCGGACAGUUCAACUACAUCAUCUCAUACAAGUCAGAAACAACGGCAUGCAUUAGAAUAUUUUGUCGAAGAUAUUAGAUUAGAUCGUGAUGUGAUCAUUAACAAAUUUUUAAAUGAACAAUUUGUCAAUGAUAUUUUUAUCAAUUUAGUCAAAUUAACUUGUGGAAAUGUGAUAUUUAUAAUAGGAAGUAUUAUUGAAUUAGAAAUAGGUUUAAAGCGUUUUAUUGAUGUAUUUAAUAAUGAUAAAAUCGAUGUAAAUGUUUUACAACUGUUAUGUAUAAUGUUAAAGAAAACGGAUCCUGAAUGUGUUUUAAAUUCAGCCGCUGCAUUGGGUACAAUAUGUGGUUCAAAAGAAGGACGAGAUUUUGUAUUAUAUCAUUCGAGUUUGAAAGAUAUUCUAUCAAAUGUAGCUGAUAUAUUAAAUUCAUCAAAUACAUGGAUAGCAGAUAAUUCUGCACUUGUUCUAGCAAGAGUGAGUGUUGAAAAAAUUGGAUGUAAAACAAUUUUAACUCACAAAAGAGUUCGUUUUAUAUUGAAACGAUUGGUCGAUGCACUGAAAAUUGAUAAUCAAGAUCGCUCAACAAAUGCAGCAUUUACCAUAGCAGCUUCAAUGUUAACUUCGUCAGAUAAUGUAGAAUUACAUAAAAAUGCUUGUUAUGCAUUGAGUUGUAUAUGUAAUAGUGAAUAUGGUAUAGAAGUAGUGAUUCAAUCAAAUGUUGAAACUAUACUAGAAGCUAUUGAAAAUAUCAUUACGUCAGAUGAUAGAGAAACAGUAUGGUUUGCUGUCACAUAUUUGAGAAUAUUGGCUGGCUUUGAAGAAACUGCUCAAAGAUUACAAAGAUCAAAAGAAUUGAAAUCAAAACUCAAAAAUGCACAAGAAAAAUGGUUAAAAUGUCAAGAUAUUCAAAAUGAAUUAAGGCUAAUUUGGCAUACAUUACAAAAAAAUUUGAAACCAAGUCCUCCAAUAGUUAUCAGCAGCAACUCACAUGAUAUUGAAGUCUCAUGGGAAUUAUGCGCAGACAUUUUGGAUUUCGAUGUACAAUUUCGUCUCUUAUUAGGGGAAACAAGUCCUGAUCGUCCAACAUUCCCCGUUAUUGGUCGACGUGAAAUAAUCGUGAAAUGGCAAUUACCAGACGUAUUAGCUGGCAAGUUUACACAUUGUGAACUUAUUUCAAAUGGGAAAACUGUCUACUCUGGAACGGAGUUAGAAUAUCAUUUAACAAUGUUGAAACCAGAUUCAGAAUAUAUGAUAGAGAUUAUUGUCUUUACAAACGAGGGCAAAUUUCGAAGUAAACCAACGAAAGUUAGAACACAGAACGAUGAUUACAGUGGUCGUCAGGCAUUUGAUGAAGACUUCGUACCACAAUCGAAUAACUUUAAAAUAGUCCCUUUAUUAAAUCUUCGAUCACCACCAUUAGGACGUCGACUUUCAAGAGAAUUCAAAGACAUUCGCAAUGUUCAGAUGACUACUGUGCAUGCGUUACAAUCAAGACACAAUAAUAACUCAUUGAAUAAGCAUAUAUCCCCUUCGCUAACUGCGUUCAAUUUAAGAAAUAAUGAAAAUACAGGUUUCUGUUCCCAUGGAAAACGCACUGAUGUCCAUUCAUCUGGACGUACAAAAACAAAUGGAGUUGUCAAUAACAGUACAACAACUACCAGUUCAGAGAUGGUGCAUAAUAAUGCAUUAGAUUACAAAAUAUCUGUUAUAACACCUUGUUUUGAAACAGACCAAUCAUCUUCAAUAUUGAAUGGGUCUGACUCUACCAAAGUUGCUACGAGUGAUCAUAAUCAUCAGAUAACCCGGUACUUACCCAUCAAUCGUGUUGUUAAUGUUCAGAAACCGUCUACACCAUCUUCAUUCAUCAAACCCAUACCAAGUGCACUUGUAACAAACGUAGACACUAUAUCUGCAACAAAUAUGAGACGAAAAAUGCCCAUCUCUAUGACAGGUUUGGUAUCUGAACAAAGAAAGAGAUCAAUGACACAUUAA